AUGAAACGACCAACGGUAAAUCCUAAAUCGUUCAAGUCGAAAUUCAAAGAAAACAAUUACAACAACAACGAAGAAGCUUUGCUGGACUAUGACGCUGGUGUUUCCCUAGCGAUGAUCAAGAUCUAUCAGAAGUCAGCGUUUUUCCCGUCAUCUGAACAGUUAUCUAAAUGUAAAAAAACUACAGGUAACCACAACGCAAUCCUUUUACAAACUUUCCAGGAAUGGACUGACCACGUUAAUAAAGACAAGCAAGCUGCUUAUCAUCUUGAGAUUGUUAACGAUCUGGUACCAAUAACUAAAUGGUACAAGGAAUCUAUACGGCAAGGAAAUGGCUUUUCUGUUGAAGGGGUCUGGAUGUUGUGCCCUGCACUCUUUUGUCAAGUGGGAAAAAUCAACUACCGCGACGAAUCUUUUACACAAAUAGUGAACUCAAUUGCAAAAUGGCCACUCGCGUACAGAAAACUAUACCAACAGAACCGAACAAUCAACUUAAGCGGUAAUGUUGGAAGACAGCUUGCUGGUGAUGAGUGGGUAGAGGAAUACUUGGUACGACCUGUCAAGCAAUUCGCUCGCGCCCAGUCAUCGUUUAAUAUGGUUGAGUUAAUGUCAUGCAGCAUCAAUCUACUUGAAAUGAACAGGGCAAUGUAUAGAAGUAGAGAGGCUUUCAACAUCCAUGCUACGAAAAAACAUAAAACACCCAGUUCUGCCUUGGACCAGAUGAAAGUCGCACAAUUUGCGUUGAAGGAGAAGUGGUUUAAGGGGAAAGAUAGAACAUCUGUGAAGAGGUACCCUUGA